CUUGACUCUGAAUACCAACCAUGGGGAUAUCUUGCUGGAUUACUCGAAGAACCUUGUUACAGAGGACGUGAUGAAAAUGCUGGUGGAACUGGCAAAGUCCAGGGGCGUGGAAAGUGCCAGGGAGCGCAUGUUCAGUGGGGAGAAGAUCAACUUCACUGAGAAUCGAGCUGUGCUUCACAUUGCCCUGAGAAAUCGUUCCAAUGUGCCAAUACUUGUGGAUGGGAAGGAUGUUGUUCCAGAAGUAAACAAAGUGUUGGACAAAAUGAAACGCUUCUGCCAGAGAGUCCGUAGUGGUGAAUGGAAAGGCUACACUGGAAAGUCAAUCACUGAUGUGGUCAAUAUUGGCAUUGGUGGCUCUGACUUGGGUCCUCUGAUGGUAACUGAAGCCCUGAAACCAUAUUCCAAGGGAGGUCCUCGUGUCUGGUUUGUAUCCAACAUUGAUGGUACUCACAUAGCCAAAACCCUGGCAGAGCUUAAACCAGACACUACUCUCUUCAUCAUUGCAUCAAAGACUUUCACCACUCAAGAAACUAUCACCAAUGCAGAAACAGCCAAAGAGUGGUUCUUGCAUGCUGCUAAUGAUCCUUCAGCUGUGGCCAAGCAUUUUGUUGCCUUGUCUACCAAUGCUCCUAAGGUUAAAGACUUUGGAAUUGACCCAGAGAACAUGUUUGAGUUUUGGGAUUGGGUUGGUGGUCGCUACUCCCUGUGGUCUGCCAUUGGCCUCUCCAUUGCCCUGCAUAUUGGUUUUGACAACUUUGAGAAUCUGCUUGCUGGAGCCCACUGGAUGGAUAAUCACUUCCACACUGCCCCCCUGGAGAAGAAUGUGCCUGUUCUGCUGGCCAUGCUGGGGGUGUGGUACAUCAACUGCUAUGGUUGUGAGACCCAUGCCCUGCUGCCCUAUGACCAGUACAUGCACCGCUUCGCUGCCUACUUCCAGCAGGGUGAUAUGGAGUCUAAUGGGAAAUACAUUACCAAGAAGGGCUCUCGUGUGGACUAUAACACUGGCCCCAUUGUGUGGGGAGAGCCUGGCACCAAUGGGCAGCAUGCUUUCUACCAGCUCAUUCACCAAGGAACUCGCAUGAUUCCUUGUGACUUUCUGAUCCCAGUCCAGACCCAGCACCCAAUCAGAAAUGGGUUGCAUCACAAGAUCCUUCUGGCCAACUUCCUGGCUCAGACUGAGGCGCUGAUGAAGGGGAAGACGGCGGAGGAGGCUCGCCAGGAGCUGCGGGCGGCCGGGCUGAGCGGGGACGCGCUGGACAAGCUUCUCCCGCACAAGGUCUUUGAGGGAAAUCGACCAACCAAUUCCAUCGUGUUUACAAAACUCAACCCGUUCAUUCUGGGAGCCAUCAUUGCAAUGUAUGAGCACAAGAUAUUUGUUCAAGGAGUUGUCUGGGAUAUUAACAGUUAUGACCAGUGGGGUGUUGAGCUUGGAAAACAACUUGCCAAGAAAAUUGAGCCAGAGCUGGAGUCAGAUGCUGCAGUGACAUCUCACGAUAGCUCAACAAAUGGGCUCAUCAAUUUCAUCAAAAAACACAGAGCUUGAAAUUGAAUACUUGGAGGACAUCAACAAUCUCACCUUGGAAUACCCAAAUCUGUUGUAGUUGUGCUUUUUUCGCCACUUCUAACAAAAAUAGCACUUUACAGAUGUAGCUUCUUCACUUGUUGCAGUGAAUCUUGUUGCGUCAAGUGUUACAAAUGAAAAACUAGUUUUGUGAGCCCCUGAGAUAUGGUAUAGUUGCUUUCUAUUUUUGUGGCGGUUAAUCUAUAAAGUGCAGCUGGUAUAUUCCUCGGUUGUUAUCCCUCAGCUUCCUUAAAGAUGAUCACCUGCUGAUACUAGAGAAUAAAAGGUAUGAUGGAUGAGUAAAA